GUAUAUCAAUUGAUUUUAAUUAUAUCAAUUUAUUCAUCAAUUAAUUAUAUUAGUAUAUCACAAUGGCUAUUAACGUUGGUAUUAACGGUUUCGGUCGUAUUGGUCGUUUAGUUUUAAGAGUUGCCUUAUCUAGAAAGGACAUUAAUGUCGUUGCUAUUAAUGAUCCAUUCAUUGCUCCAGAUUAUGCUUCUUAUAUGUUCAAGUAUGAUUCUACUCACGGUAAAUACGAAGGUGAAGUUAAAUCUGAAGGUGACUCUUUAGUCAUUGAUGGUCAUGCCAUUAAAGUUUUCCAAGAAAGAGACCCAGCCUCUAUUCCAUGGGGUAAAUCUGGUGUUGAUUACGUUAUUGAAUCUACCGGUGUUUUCACCAAAUUAGAAGGUGCUCAAAAACACAUUGAUGGUGGUGCCAAGAAGGUUAUCAUUACUGCUCCAUCUGCUGAUGCUCCAAUGUUUGUUGUUGGUGUCAAUGCUGACAAAUAUACUCCAGACUUGAACAUUAUCUCUAAUGCUUCUUGUACUACUAACUGUUUAGCUCCAUUAGCUAAGGUUAUUAACGAUAAAUUCGGUAUUGAAGAAGGUUUAAUGACCACUGUUCACUCCAUCACUGCUACUCAAAAGACUGUUGAUGGUCCAUCCCACAAGGACUGGAGAGGUGGUAGAACUGCUUCUGGUAACAUUAUUCCAUCUUCCACUGGUGCUGCUAAGGCCGUUGGUAAGGUUAUUCCAGAAUUAAACGGUAAAUUAACCGGUAUGUCUUUAAGAGUCCCAACUGUUGAUGUUUCCGUUGUUGAUUUAACUGUCAGAUUAAAGAAGCCAGCUACUUACGAAGAAAUUUCUGAAGCUAUCAAGGCUGAAUCUGAAGGUGCUCUUAAGGGUGUUUUAGGUUACACUGAAGAUGCUGUUGUCUCUACUGAUUUCUUAGGAUCUUCUUACUCUUCCAUCUUUGAUCAAAAGGCUGGUAUCUUAUUAUCUCCAACCUUUGUUAAGUUGAUCUCUUGGUACGAUAACGAAUUUGGUUACUCCACCAGAGUUGUUGACUUAUUGGAACACGUUGCCAAGGUUUCAGCUUAACUAUCCACUAAAUUAUAGAACAAUAAUUGAAUCUAGAUUAAUCUAGAUUAUUCUAGAUAUUAUUUAUUAUUGUUACGAUAUAGUCGUCUAGCUAGUUCUUACUUUCAUAUAUGAUGUCAUAUAUAAUUGAGUUUAUUGUAGAAUAAUAAUAAUAAUAACUGUAGAAUUGGUCAAUUGAUCAAUUGAUAGUAUAUAUAUAUUAUUGUUAUAUACUGUAGAUAUUCAAUAGUAAUUACAUACUAUCCACUAUACCCUAUAGAUAAUUAUUAAUAGUUACACACUAACACAUUUAUA